UUUCCGUUUAAAGUGCAUGGAUCAGUUGGUCAGCCAAAUGUGCUGGGCUGGUACCCCGAAAGGAAAAGUAGGGUUGUGUUUUGUUGCGAUAUAUGUGACUUUAAGUUAAAUUAUAUUUGGAAGGAACCUGAAGAAAAGUUAUAAAAUAAGGAACAAAAAGUUGCAAGUAUGGGUGAGCCACAGCAGGUCAGUGCCCUUCCCCUGCCGCCGAUGCAGUACAUCAAGGAAUAUACAGAGGAGAAUAUUCGCAAGUGCCUUGCGCCUCCGCCCCCUCCUCCCGUCAAGGACAGUUACAUGAUGUUUGGCAACCAGUUUCAGUGUGACGAACUUAUUAUCCGCCCCUUAGAGAGCCAAGGCAUUGAGCGUCUUUACCCUAUGCAGUUUGAUCACAAGAAAGAACUGAAGAAACUGAACAUGUCCAUCCUGGUCAACUUUCUGGACCUCUUAGACAUCCUUAUUAAAAGCCCAGGAAGCAUCAAAAGAGAAGAGAAGCUGGAAGACCUGAAGCUGCUCUUUGUCCACAUGCAUCAUCUCAUAAACGAGUACCGGCCUCACCAAGCCAGAGAGACGUUGCGGGUCAUGAUGGAGGUACAGAAACGGCAGCGGCGGGAGACGGCCGAACGCUUCCAGAAGCAUUUAGAAAGGGUGCUGGAAAUGAUCCAGGGCUGUCUAGCGUCUCUUCCGGAUGACUUGCCCCAGUCGGAGGGUGCAGCCGGGGGAGCAGUGAAACUGAAAAGUGAACCCAUGGAUGUGGAUGAGGUGAUUGGACAGAUGGACAAAGAGAAGGAAACGGUCUCUGCAAAAAAGGAUCAACUUUGUGACAAGGAUGCAGCCAUGUGUAGCAUCAUUGAUGAGAUGACAUAACUGUGCGGGAACAGUUUUGUGCUCUUAAGCUAGUCUGUAAAAACAAUCUCUUCCCAUGCAAUUCGAAAGGGAAAUACUUCACGUUCCCACCAAAGGAUUUCUUUCAAAUAAAAACAACUUUACUGCCAGUUAAAGGUCAUUUAAAUCUGACGUUAUGUGAGAAGAAAGGGAGAGGAAAGCUAGUGUUGUGCAGAUAAACAAGAUACAGUUUUACUUUGGAGCAUAGAACAUUCAGUCAAAAUGCUGUUCAAGAAACAUUCCCGUAUGUAUUUAUUUGAAGUUCAGUAGAAACUCGUAGAACUGUUUUUACAGGCUCCGAUUAGCACAAAUCUGUAACUACCUUACUUUUAACAUUAGGCAGUCCAGUGUGUGUGUAGUGCCGCCAGUGACUGGGAGAGGUGAUCGAUGACAAAUGCAUCAACAAUUCUGCUUAUAAAUCAUGGUUUGAUUUAGUCUAGAUUUUCUUUAGUAAAAUUAAUUCUAAGUUUCCACAUAAUGCGUUGGCACCCUAAAAAUCAAAAAAUCUAGCACAGAACCUUAUAAACCAAAAUGCUUCUUUCUAUUUUUCAAGCAGUCGGCAGGAUGACACGUAAUGGUAGGAUAUGGCAGAGAAUGUGUUCAGUCGACUAUGCUAUGGCUGUUUUUUCUGACCUUAAACUUUAUUUCAGAACCACAAAUGUAUUUACUUUUCAGUAUUGUUUUUGUAAAGGAAAAAUUUUCUACGACCAAGAAUCACUAUGUAAAAAAAAAUCAAAUGUAUUUUCUUCCAGAAAAGCUUUUAUGAAGAAUCAUUUGUUAAAGACAUUUCAUAAGUCUUUUUUUUGUGUAUAUAAACUCUAUUCUAUGUUUGUGUUUAUUUUCCUGUUAUGAAAUUUGUUUAAUAAAAUGUGUGAAAUUCAAUGUACAUAAAAAUUAUGUUGAACCUUC